CCUAAAAUUUACUUUAGUCAUGGACGUGAAAGAGGCUCAGCAGAUUAUGAGGAUACAGGAGCAAUCCUUAAGGGAGUUGCAAAGGCAGUUUGGGGCUAUGGAGAAUCCACCAUCAAUAUAUCUAGAGGAAGAAGCGGAGCUACAGAGGAAAAUAGAAGAUUACCGCGACAAGGUGGAAAGGUUAAAGUCAGAGGAAGUACCUCGUAUCCAGACCGAUACCGUCCUGAUGAGACUUUCGGGGAGACACGUCAAAAUAUUCUUCCCUAACAAACAACACACACUGGUUAAAGUUAAGAGUGACGUGACAUUAGAAGAGACUUUAUCCAAAGGUCUGAAACUGAGAGAUCUGACGACUGCUGAUUGUUACGCUUACGAUACUUUGACACUUGAAAGGUUGGAAUGGAACAGCUACUUAGAGGACAUAGAUGCUGAUCAGAUCACUAUAGACUACACAGGAGGUUCACCGUCUCCCCACACUUUAGAAAGGAAAACUUACCUCAAGAUCGCAUCCUGUUCGGUGUGCACGCGGUUAUUGCUCACGGGUUACAGGUGUAUGUACUGCAAUGGAAGGUACCACGAGAAGUGUGUUAAGUACGCUCCUACCACGUGCCAAGAAACAACCAUGGAGAAUGACGAGUUCGAGAGCAGGUACGGAAACGCAGUGCUCCACACUCCAAUAUACCCUACCGACGAUAACUUUGUGCCCCGGACCCGCAGUAUAUCCGAACCGAACGUCACGUACAACAUAAAUAAGUACGGUUUACCACGGCGACGUAGCGGCAGCAUAAAGUCGUCCGUAUCCACAGUCCGCAGAGAAAGCACACCCACUCCCGGACCGCCCUCACCCACUCUGAACAGAAAACACCGCGUCUACUCCUCCGACGACUGGGAGAUCUCGGAAGAGGACGUGGUCGUGGACAAGAGGAUCGGAUCUGGCUCGUUCGGGACUGUUUACAAGGGUUACUGGCACGGUGUGGUUGCUGUUAAGAAACUUAAUGUAACGUAUCCCACCCCUGCACAGUUGCAGGCGUUCAAAAACGAGGUGGCCAUCCUGAGGAAAACAAGGCACGUCAACAUCCUGCUGUUUGUAGGCUGUAUUUCAAAACCUUACAUCGCGAUUGUGACUCAGUGGUGUGACGGUUCCACACUGUCGUCGCGACUCUACGUGGAGGAAGUGAGGUUCGAGCUGAUCCAGUUGGUGGAAAUAGCUCGCCAGACAGCUCAGGGCAUGAACUAUCUUCACGCGCGUAACAUUAUCCACCGGGACCUCAAGUCUAACAACAUCUUCCUAUCCGACGAGAGCACGGUUAAGAUCGGAGAUUUUGGUCUGGCAACUGUGAAGAGCAGGUGGAGUAACUCUGAGCAGCUCAUCAACUGCCAGCCAAGUGGGUCCAUCUUGUGGAUGGCUCCUGAGCUUAUCAGAAACGAUUCACCCUACUCCAUUUAUUCAGACGUGUACGCGUUUGGAAUAGUCCUAUACGAACUCAGUACGAACUGUCUACCGUACAAUCAUAUCACUACUAAGGAUCAGAUUAUAUUCAAAGUGGGCCUGGGAAUGUUAACUCCUGACCCCAAAAAGAUCAGAAGAGAUUGCCCCGGUGACCUCAAAAAACUGAUGUUGAAUUGUUAUAAAAGCAGACCAGCCAAAGAGAGGCCAACAUUUAGACAGAUCAUUAAAGAGUUAGAAAAAGUGAAGCAAUUCUUACCAAAGCUGACUCGCAGCACCUCGGAACCUUGUAUGAGCAGAUGUAAAGAGUUAGCAACUACUCCACCUUCUAUGGAAAAUCUCAACAGCACUGACGACGAGGCUUUUGUCGAUUGAGCAUCUUAUUAGCACUCGACAAGAGUUAGGCGCGAUCUGUAUUAUUCCUGGACCGAUUUGUUGUGAAUAUUGAUGACUGAAAACUUUAUUGUUUGUUGAGAUUAAUAAUUGACUUUUCAAUCUCUGCUUUAAGAUUAUUCUUUUACACCUUAGCUUUUCAUUUUUGAUCCGAUUUUUUUGGUUUUGAUCUUGGAUCCGUUACAGCCCAAACACCGUUUCCGUUUUCAUGACCUAAUAGUAAAUAGCUUUGAAUUGGACGAUGAAUAAUGAGCAUUUAUUCUGGUUUAGCCGAUUGAAUUAUUCUUUGUCAUGUCAUCUUUUAUCAAUUAUCAUUUCUGUAUUUAAAACGUUACAAAAUAUGAUGCAUACACCGAA